CUUGGGCGGCGGUGAGCUUGCGAGCCCGGUUCGAGUUCGGAAGAGCUGCUCAAGAAGGCAUAGACCCCUUCUCGGAUUUCUUACAGUUUGCUCUGCGCUGCAGCAUCCGCCUAAUGGCGUCGAGAAAAGGACCGGACGCCCCUCUCCUCACAUCUAUCGCACCGCCAUCUUCAGCCCUCUCAGCUGCUGGCGCAAGCGACGCCUUUGCGUCUGAUCCGGCCCGCGCAAAGUCGCUGAAGAGGAGUCGUGAGACAAUGCCAACGUCGCCCGACUCCGAGUCGGCCGGCGAUAUGUCGCCGUCCAAGAUUGCGCGUCUAGUUGGCUAUGCGAGACAAUCACCCCCGCCCCCGACCGGGGCCGUUGCGAUGGAGGAUGAGAGGCGCGGGAGCGAAGACGGACAGCGGUUGCAUUUGGCGAGUAUGGGCAAGAACGCGAAUCAGAAAAUAUCGACUGAACUGAUAUCUGGAGCAUUAGCUAUGACCCGCCUACAAGACGCGUCGCCCACGACCAGUAACUCGGUCGUCGACACCGCCGCAAGGGCGCUCCAACCGCCCACCAUCCCGCCGCCGGUUGUUCCUCCCGCAGAGAUGAGGGAUGCGAGUCCACACAGUGCAGCUAGUGGCGGCAGCGGUGCCGCGCAAGUCGUGGAGAGUCCAGCCGAGAUGGACGUCGAUGGUCAGAACGACCGCGCCUACGCCCCGCAGCCGGAAGCGCCGAUGGAAGACAGGUUGAGUACAUCGCUCUCAUACCCCGGUCUACCCGCCGACGCUUCGAUACCGGCUCCCGCCCCUCCCCACAGAGGAAUGAGUCUGCCCAUGGGACCUUCCCAUCACCCAGAUGCGGCACCUCGGUCACCUUCGUCUAAGAAACACAAGUGCCCGUACUGCAAUACAGAAUUCACGCGACACCACAACUUAAAAAGUCACCUCCUCACACACAGCCAAGAGAAGCCCUAUGUAUGUGAGCAAUGCCAAAUGCGGUUCCGACGUCUUCAUGACUUGAAGCGCCACGGCAAGCUGCACACUGGCGAGAAACCCCAUAUCUGCCCUAAAUGCGACCGAAAGUUUGCACGGGGGGACGCAUUGGCUAGGCACAGCAAAGGUGCCGGUGGUUGUGCCGGCAGGAGGGCUAGUAUGGGCAGCUUUGUAGGCGACGAAAGCUUCGAACGCUCAAGCGUCGAUGCCAACGCUUCCGCCAUGGCGGGGAUCAUCUAUGAGUCCGCCGCAGACGGCGACAUGGCUGAGGAAGAGCGGAGACGUCAAAGCCUACCUAGCAUCAAGGCGGAUCACAUUGCUAGCCAACCAGCCACUGAGGGAUACGCACCGCACGCCCGAACGUACCCUCCGACGGGAGGCCGGCCAGCCCCGAGCGGUGGCCUCUUCCCACCUAACGUCGACCGGGGCACAUCGAGCUCGAACACAUCGCCGAGCAUGCCGAACAGCGCCACCAGCGGCCAUACGCCAAACACGAGCAUUUCUUCAAUGCCUAUGAGCGCCGGGAGCUCCUCCAUGUAUUCGCAGAGCGGCAUGACCGAGAGCCCGAAGCCUCUGAGCCCUGCAGGCAUACAACCGAACCACGAUAAGCGGGCCCGGUCUCCUGGCCUGAACGCGCAGUAUCCGCAGCAGCAGUUUGGCCCUCGGCAGCAAGACCUACCUCUUGCGUCAGGAUUGCCUCAGCCACCCCAUGGUAUGUCAGAUGCGGCCCAGCUAGCCUGGCUCUCUCAAUACCCCCCUGCUGACGCAACCAAACACGAAGGCGCAUCACAACCAAACCCAGCUGGCACGACUACAAGCGGGACAGCACAAGCACCACCGAACAGUAGUGCGGCGGCGGGUGUUGAUAACGCGAACAAUCUCUUCGCAUCGGGCGAGCCUGGCCUAUGGAUGUAUAUCCAAACCAUGGAGGACAAGGUCAGGCAGUUGACAGACGAGAUAUCCGCCAUGAAGAGAACAGAAACACAACUCAUGGAAAAGGUGGCGACUCUCGAGAAGAACGAAACUACCUUGACGGCCGAAAUUGUGGCGCUCCGACAGCAGCAUUCAGCACGACAGGAUGACCCGCAGGCCCAGCAGUAACUGGCUGAGCUGUGACAGGUCUGACAAUUCGGAAAUGGCGGAGGUGUCAUUGUUGUCGAUAUUUUCUUUUCUUUUGGUCUGAUAAAUUUCGCCAAAGAGUAUAUCCAAGUUUCGGGGUGGGAGAUGGCGUUCCGUGGUUUUAUUGAAGAUGGUAUCCAGCUUCUUGUUUCAAAAGUGAUUUUCUUUCUCCAUUCCGUCCCCUCCCGUUUUGGUAUCCUGAAGGCGGAUAUGUGUGCCAAUUGAGGACUCCAUUGCUCAGACCAGACGUUCCGCUUUCCAACUCUGUCAUUGCUGCAGCUACCUUUCACUAGAGAGGAUCGUGACCUUUUGUUCAGUGUCUCGUGGUUGGUACCUGGCGGAGCUUUGGCGGUCUUCAAGAAGACCUUGUGUAUACUAUAUAUAUAUUGAUUCCUCGGUCAGGCUGCUCGUGGCAGCAGAUAGAUGCACAUGAAAACCUCUUGGCCAUUUUGUGUCUCCGCU